AUGUCUCACAAUGAACAUAAAGAUGCAGAAAUAAUAUCUAAAGAAGAAGAUGAUGAAACAAGACUACAUACUUGUGCAAAAAAGUUUGAAACAAUCGUCAAACAGUUUGACGAGUUGAUGGAAAUAAUGGAUGCUGAUAACACAUUGGUGAAGUCACGCAAGAGACAAAAAAGGAGUCGUUCUGAUGCAAGCACAAGAGUUUCUUCACACCAAUUGCAUCGAGAAAGUAAUGAAGUCAUAUUGAAGACAGUGACUAAAUUUUUGCAAGAAUUAGGAACUAAUCCUUCUGAUUCUGACCCGUGA